CCGGAUGAACCGGUAGCCGGUUGUGCCAUUGCUUGCUCUCUCUGUCUCUUUCUCUAUAAAUGACAGCAUCGGGGACGUCGAGACUCGAUCGUGUUUCAUUCAUGGACAAAGAAUUCCUCAUUUUCUCUCUGUCUGUGCAAUUGUCUGCUUUAAAACUGUGAUUCCGAGGUUGGAGAUCAAGUUUUGAGCCGGAAACCAUGGGGUACUCGAUGCUUGUACCGGCGUAGCAUGGGAAGUCCUGCUUUACCGCAGUUACUACAGAGCUUGUGUCGCGAUGCGCGCUGGACGUACGCGGUGUUCUGGAAGAUCAGGCGUCGAGUCCCUGCGGUUUUAACAUGGGAAGAUGGGUAUUUCGACCAUUCAAAGGCUAGAAGAAACAGAGAGAAUUGCUCAGAUGAAUUCUACUUCAACAGAUCAGGCGAGCUAUUUCCUUUUGUCCAUGAAAAUGGCUUGCAGAAUGGAAGUGCAAGCCAAUUCCCCUUAGGAGUUGUGGAAGCUGAUAUGGCGUGUCGUCACUACUCACUGGGAGAAGGGCUUGUAGGUGAAGUGGCGGUCACAGGCAACUACUGUUGGCUUUCUUCUGAUGAUAUUUUGGCUUCUCGGUGCAACUCUGAGAUUCCUUUAGAGCUUCCUGAGGAAUGGCUAUCACAGUUUUUGGCCGGUGUGAAGACUACUCUCCUGUUACCUGUUCUUCCGCACGGCGUCUUGCAACUAGGCUCCUUGGAAUUGGUUGCUGAGGACAUAGCGAUUGUCGCUGAUCUCACAGAGAGAUUAGUCUCGCUUCAACACGAUUUUAGCCAUUCUCUAACUUCCACGAUGAACCAUGGCCGGCAGGAUCUUUCUAUCCUCUCCUGUUUCACAGAUGGUCUGGAUGAGUCAUUGAAAAUCACUGGCAGCCAGGUUUCUAAAACAAAAUCUGAAGGGUUGCAUAACAAUUUCGAGGCGAAUUGCAGCAUGCUAAAUCUUGUACAUGUUCGGCCCCUUUCAGAAAUCCAAGAAGAUGCAUGGGGUAAUGAGACUUCUGUCUUGGCAGCCAGUCCUUCCAAAGUGUCAUCUCUCCCAAUUGGACCUGCAAACCAGUCAGAAAGGAUGGAUGAUGAUGAUUUUGGAUUCUCUCGUGCAGAAGCAGAAUUGCAUGCCUUCGAUAAAUGUUACAACUCAGGCAGGUUAGGUGACUUUUACGAUGGCAUGGAGGACUACUUCACUGCUAGUGACUUUGUGAGCCUACCAUUAGGAGAAAAUGACGUUGAGAAUAUUGAGAAUGAAACCAUCGGCAACAUGUCUAGCUUCUCCGUGAACUAUGAACUGGAUGGAGCUCCUGAGCGAGCUUUCUUGUGGCAAAGUGAAUUUUCUGUGGAUACGUUUUUCCAAGAUAUGGACGUGCUUAAAAGCUCUUCUCUGACUGAGAAACAAGAUUUUGCCGAUGACAAUAAGCCGUUUACUGGGGAAUCUGGGAGAUACCCUGUCAAAGACGAAGGGGAGUAUCUCUUGGAAUCUAUAAUCAGCAACAUAUAUGGCAGUCCUGAUCAUAAUUCAUCAAAUAAAUCCAACCUUCUCGUAUCUUCAACCGUUCAACCGGAGCAACUUUUUACUUCUUUGAGAACAAAAGGGGAGUCUGAAGAAAGCUGCCUGAGUGGAGAUAUUGCAAGCUGCAUAACUCCAGCUGCAUUCAGCUCUAGGAAUAGGGAUAGAGAAACUUCUAGCGAUUCUUUAACUUCAAAUAAAAGCAUGCUGAGUACAGUCACUGAUAAAGAGCAGCGGAGGAGGGGAUCCCCUCAUGAACAGGCUAAGGGUCAGAAGAUGAUGAUCAGUGGUAGCAAAAGAAAGGGAAGACCAGGUGAUAACCAGAGGCCAAGACCAAGAGACAGACAGUUGAUUCAGGAGAGACUGAAGGAACUUAGGGACCUUGUCCCAAAUGGUGCGAAGGGUAGCAUCGAUGCCCUUCUAGAUCGAACAAUCAAGCACAUGCUGUUCUUAAGAGGCGCAACCAACCAGGCAGAGAAGUUGAAGGAGUGGGUGCCCCCAGAGUUGACAUCUAUGAAUGGCAAUGUCACACAGGACUCUGAACGGAACAGAUGGAGAGCACUUGAAAUCAACGCUGAUUCCCGGGGUGGAGCUAGCUGGGCUCUUGAAUUAGGAGGUGAGCUUCAGGUAUGCCCUAUAGUGGUGGAAGACCUGGAAUACCCAGGACUCAUGCUUAUUGAGAUGCUAUGCAACGACCAAGGGCUCUUUCUGGACAUUGCUCAGGUGCUUCGACGCCUAGAAUUGACCAUCCUGAAGGGUGUUACAGAGAAAGAUUCGGGCAAUAACUGGGCCCGCUUCAUUGUUGAGGCUUCAAAGGGUUUCCAGAGAAUAGACAUAUUUUGGCCUUUGAUGCAGCUUUGGCAGCACCGGAGGAAUACCGUUCCAACAUGACAUAAUGGCUGUUGGGUGGUCUUUUCUCUAACAAAUAGGUUGUUAUGGUCUAGCGGCUGUAGGAUGCCAUUCUUGCAAGGAGUUUCUUUUAGCAUUCCAGCAAGUUGCGAUCAUAUGUUGAUUUGAAUCUAGCUAGCGAUGUCGGGUGGAUACAUGGCCUUGUAUUGCUGCAGUCCUGUAAUUCUCUUUCGAAAACAUCCCUCUUGAUUCU